ACCAGCUCCACUGAAUCAUUACCACAACAUCCUGGCACCGCCACACAUGACAAGAGGCAUUACUUCAGUGUUCAAAAUUAAUAUUUGUUUCACUUUUUUUUCAGACGCCAGUGUUGCAACGGGGCAGGAGUACAAUUAAAGGCAAUCAGCGGUCGUCUGGGGUGCAUCGGGCACAUUUUCCCCAACGUAGCAGGAAGUGCCUGUGAUCUCUUAGCUGAUUGGCUCCUUCGAUUGAAGGACAGCAUUUAAGUACAUUCAAGUUUUCUGCUCCUCUCAUCUGUAGAAGAAGAUUUCUCAAAGACACCAAGCUGAUCACCCUCACUCUUUCAGGACUUCGUAUUGUCCACAUAAUAAGGUGGGAAAUGAGAGUGGCAAUCGUUUUCCUGUGUCUCCUGGUCACAGUCUGUGGGGGUCCCGUGCAUAGACUGUCCCUACAUCACAUUCUCCAACAGGCCCAACAGCAUCAACAGAGACAUCAGUCUGAAAGCAGUCCCAACCAAGAGGCACUGCAAGAGUUGGCACAUGUCAGACAUAUUUUGGAACAGUAUGCCAAGGUGUUCCCACCUGUGAAUACUCCAGCGGUCCAACCCCAAAACCAUCAGCUGAACAUCCCCCAGCUAGCACUGCCCUCAGGAACCCCCCUAGAGUCACCCCCACAGGUCCCCCCCACUGCAGUGUGGAGACCUGAUCAGCAGGUGGUUCCCGAGGCAGUUUCGGUCCAGCCAAUGACACAGGCCCCGGAGCUGGGAACCGAAGCAGCAGGGCCGGCCGCGCCCAAUGAACAGCAGCCUCAGGUCGAGCCUCCGGUCCUGGGGCCAGUGCAGCCCAACACCUGGGCCCCGCAGCCAGGGGUUCCCUUCCUGCUGCCUCUCCCGCCCAACACGCAGGGAACCCAGCCCACGGACCAGCCGGCCCUCCCAGCACAGUUCCCACAGAUGUUCCCAUCUUAUGGGUUUCUUCCCAUGUUCCCAUCACAAACGGGGACCCAGCAGUUCCCUGGUUACGGAAUGCCUGUGUUCUUCCCGAAUGGCUACCCGCAGCUGUCUGUGCACCCUGCAGAGGCUGAUCAGACUGUGCAAACUGGGCAACCAGUACAGCCUGUGCAGCCUGUGCUACCUGCACAGCCUGCAGUGCCUGGACAGCAACAGAUUCCUCAGAUCUUCUACAUGAUCCAGCAGCCAAUGGUAAAUAGGGUUGGACCUUUUGGAAGUGCAAGCUCUGAGGAGUUACAGGCUACUGGAGCCAUGGGUGGAUUUGGGAUGUUCCUGCCUGGUUUCGGGAGUGGCAUAUCCAACCCGGGGGUGGGGGCAGUCGUCCCCGGAGGACUCCCUGCCGGGCAGGGCGUGGACCCGGGUGCCAAGGCAGACCCAGCGCUGGCUGAGGUCCCUCCCACGUCUGGGGCCCCCCUCUUGUCUGCCCCCCAACCCGCGGGUCCAGAGACCACACUGUCUAAAGACCCAGCUGCGGGCCUGAGCGCUGGCAAACCCACCGUCCAAUCAAAUCUCCCCCAGCCGGGCCUGACCACCGGCUCUGAACCUGCAGUCCUGCCCGUGAUGUCAUCGCCAGCCAGUAACCCCAAUGCCCGGUCUGUGGCAGGAGCAGAAACUGACUUAUACCCUUGAGAGAGCUGGUCUCUCACACAUUGAGGCCACAUUUCACAGACAGGUUGAGGCUAGCCCGAGACUAAAUUCAAUUCUCAAUGGAGAAUCUCCAUGCAAAACUCAAUGUAGUCCAGGACAAUGCUUAAUCUAUGUCUGUGAACCUGGUCCUGAGUUUUCAUUUCAUAUGCACCCAGCAAUUAGUGCAGAAAAUGUCAUGUGAGCAAGGUGUAACUUCACGUGUUUUGUAUUUCUUUAUAUUCAAAAGUAUAUUUUGUUCUGUGUUAACCAUGCCUUUUUGUUUCAUCUGCAAUACUUGUACAGGUAUGGUACCUUUACAACGUUAAAAUCAAUUACAUUGAUGAGGAAAAAAAAACCUUCUAUUUUUGUGGUUUGUGUACCCCCAGAUUUUAUUUAGUUAUAUCUGUUUAAAUUGUAUUGUUGGAAUCAUAUAAACUUUUUGCAGUUUGCUACGACUUGACAGUUAACUAAAGAUGCCUUGUAUGUAUUUAAACAGUAUCCAUUUGGCUUAAUACACCUUUGGAACAGUAAUUUCGCAUUUCCUCAAACAAUUCAAUUCAUGCAAACACCAAGACCUCUAAUUUUCAUAAAACAAACUUAUUGUUAUCCACAAAAUUAUGAACUGCCAUUCUGAAGCCACACAGCCUAAUGAAACUAAUAAAACAGUUUAAAAUUGAUUAUAGACAUUAUACACGUAGACACCAUAGUGUCUUUAUUCAAUUUAGAAUACAUUUUAUAUGAGUAUUUUUGAGGAUUUGUUGGGUCACUUUUAAGGGAAAGGGAAGUUUUUUGUUUUGUUUUGUUUUGUUUGUAAUUUUCAAAGUUAUUAUGACCACUGUUGUUUGCAGUUCAUUAAAU